GCCUCAUCCUUACAGCUUCAUUGAUGCCCAAGCCAAAUUUAACAAUCUAAACGCGUUUUAUGACCAACUUGUUACCUCUCAUCAUACCAAAUCGACAUCUUAUUAGCAAACCCGACCAAUGUCAGAUAAUCACACCCCGCCGAGCAGUCGGCAUGAGUUCAAGAUCGCUAUUCUUUGUGCCUUGCCGCUGGAGGCAAGCGCCCUCCAAGGAGUAUUUGAUGCCCACUGGGACGCUGAAAAGUAUGGAAAAGACCAAGUAGACACAAACGCUUACUCACUCGGUGUUCUUGGGUCUCACAACGUUGUUCUUGUGCAUAUGGCCAACAUGGGAAAGGUUGCCGCCGCAGUUGCCGCCGCCAACCUUCGCACCAGCUUUCGCGGAAUUCAGCUUGCACUGGUGGUCGGAAUAUGUGGUGGCGCGCCUUUCGGGCCCUCUGGUGAACUUUUCCUUGGCGACGUUGUCAUCAGUGAAGGACUGGUUCAAUACGAUCUCGGGAGGCGAUUGCCUAACACAUUUGUACGAAAGGACACCCCUGGAGAAAACCUACCAAGGCCGAGACCUGAAGUUCGUGCGAUUCUAGCCAAACUACAGACUGACCAAGGCCGGCAACAAUUGCAGAAUGAAAUGCUGGAACAUCUUCAAUUAUUGCGUCAGCGAUCUGAUCUUACGAUACCAUACCCGGGAGCGAUGAAUGACCGAUUAUUCAUGCUGAAAUACCUCCACAAGCACCGUCGGCCGUCAGUAUGUGUAGUAUGUUAUAGAGAUGAGUUAUGCUCUUCGGCUAUGGAAACAAAUUGUGAGAAGCUUGGAUGCAGAGGACUGGAUCGCAUCCGGAUAGUAAAUGCAUCAAACGAGCCCCAACCUAGUGUUCACUUCGGACUUGUGGCCACAGGAGACACCGUCAUGAGAUCUGGAAAAGUCCGAGAUCAUAUUAUUACCCGCGACAAAGUAAUCGCUUUCGAAAUGGAGGGUGCGGGAGUAUGGGAGACAUUUCCAGCCGCUCUAGUCAUCAAAGGUGUAUGUGACUACGCAGACAGCCACAAAAACAAAACAUGGCAGGCCUACGCAGCUGCCACAGCGGCUGCCGCUACCAAAGCCUUUUUGGAACAUUGGGAAAUAACUUGCCUGAGCACUCACAAGAUAACUCUACUGAGUAUCUAAAGACGAGGCAGUUUGAAACGAGAGAGUUGGAGAUAAUGAAAAAAUUCAAUACCUCGCCCUACCGAGAUCGCAAAGAUCGAAACCCAGACAGAGUAGUUGGAACAUGCGAAUGGUUUAUUCAGCACCACCUUUUCCAAGAUUGGAGAGAUAGCCCUGCUUCAAGACUCCUUUGGGUCUCUGCUGACCCA